CAACCAUGACGUAUUGUUUUCCUGGUGUUCAUUUCAAUAAAAAUUGAUAAAAUUCCAAUAAAUAUAAUAUUUUACGAUAUUUUUUGAGAUAUUUCAUUGGACUCAAUAAAUUUAACAAAGAAUCUUGAAUAAAUUGAGAUUUUACAAAAAAUCUACAGGAAAACGGUGAAUGAUAUAAGGUUAUUUUUCAAUAACUUAAAUAACUUGGAAAUAAAAUGAUCGUAACUGCAGAUAUGACGGCGAAGGAGAUCAUUAAUGAUUUCAAAGAAAAUUACGGAAAAGUAAGGAGGCUUUUAGAUGAGGAGAGUAAAAAUGACCCGGAGAACGAGCCAUAUUCAUCCAAGUAUAAGGCAAAGGAAAUCCUUUCCAAUAUGCGCGACUCCUUGAAGCAAGUUAUGAGUUCUGAUUCUAAUUUAGAUAAAGUUAAACUGGAUGCUAUGUACGGUGUUAUUUUACUGAACAUUGGGAUCAUAGAUAUGGAAACUGAGGAGCUUACUGAGAGUGAAAAAAUUUUGACAGAAGCGGAGGAGUUACUUUCACCAAACGCUGAUAAACCUGAAGCAGUCAUCACUUUACUUAGCGUUUACAACAAUCUGGGUAUAUUGUGGUCGACUCGCGAAGACCCAGAGAGAGCAAAGAUAUUUUUGUUAAAAGCAAAGGACUUGUACGAAGCUUUCAAAUGCUCUUUACAGAUGCCGUUACCUAUUGAGCAGCUCGUAAGCAAUCCUGAAACGGCUGUUGGUGACUUUAUGUUACUAGAGAAAGCAUAUACAUUGACUUUAUAUUACUUGGCUCAAGUAUACGGAUCUCUUAAACAGAAUUUAAAGUCUGCCAUUUACUGCCACGUAACAUUGAGAAGGCAACUACAAUAUUCUGACUAUGAACCAAUCGAUUGGGCUUUGAACUCUGCAACAUUGUCUCAGUAUUUCGCAGAACAAACUGGGUUCCUUCAGUCCAGGCAUCACUUGGCAGCAGCAUCAACUAUACUUGAUGAAUAUGAGGAAAAACUAAGUUCUGCUGAGAGUGAGGAUGAAGUACAUUUGGCUAAACUGGAAACUUUUAAGCAUAGAUCUGCUGAUGUUGCCAGAUGUUGGGCUAAGUAUUGUCUGUUGCUCAUGACAGCAUCCAAGGCUAGGCUUAUGAGUGAUGCUGAAACAUUGGAGGAGGCAAUUACAGAUAUGUCAAACUUGAAGCUGGAGGAUGAUGAAAAUAUAUGUGGAGGUGAUGUCAAGAAUUUAGUGUUUCCUGACUUGGAUGUUUUAAAGUACGAAAGCAAAAUUGGCGACAAAUAUUUGCUUACUUAUCAAGACGCGCGCGAAGUGUUUUUGGCCUGCCAAAAUUGGUUGAAUAAAGCCAAAGAGUACUACAAACUUGAUACUUUAGCUUCAGAUUACAUUGAAUUGAUACAAGACAGUUCCCAGUCAUAUAGUUACUUAGCUUUCUUUGAAGAAGAUGAUGAACGGCGUUCAAAAAUGCAUAAACGGCGCAUUGAUAUGUUAGAAGACUUGAUCAAAGAAAUCAAUCCAACAUACUACAUGCAAUAUUGUAGACAAUUAUGGUUUGAAUUAGGAGAAAUACACUCUGAUAUUCUAAAUAUAAAGUUAGACAAGCUAAACAAAACUUCAGAGAAGCCUACACCUCAUGCAUUGAAGAAAAUCAAUAUGCUCUGUGAGAAAAGUAUUGAAAAUUAUGAUCAUUUCCUGGAUUCAGUCAAGGAUAAAAAUGGAAAAAUGCCUGAUAAACUUGAGAUCGAUGUCAUCCGGCCAGUCAUUAGUGCAUAUGCAUUUAUAGGAAGAAAUAGUAUGAAGAGGAUUGCAGUGGAUAAGAAUGCCCAAUUAAUUCACGUAAAGAAAAGCCUAGAUUCGUACCAGGCUGUUGUAGAUAUUUGCAAAAAGGACAAAGAUGCUGCUGCUAUGAUGCAAGAAGAAUACAGUCUUUGUGAUGAAAUGGCAAAAAUUCUGCCCAUCAAAAUAAACAGGCUAGAAGCAGAUUUGGUGUCUUAAGAUUUUCGAUAAAAAACAGUCUCGCAUUUUGUUGUUUGCUUGCUUUAUGCUGGUGAAAUAGGUAUAGCUUUUAUGCGUUGUUGAACAAUCAUGCGAAAUUAUUUGUUAUUUAUUUUAUUUUGCUGUUACUAACCAAUGAAAUAAUUGAAAGCUCAUAAAAUGGGGCCAAUAAAAUUAUUCAUUAUGAAGUUGUAGGUGUCUCAGAAUAAAAGAUACAGUAUGAAA